AGGAGCAUGUAUCCUGUUUGGAAAUCUUUUCUCGAGGGAACAAUGCAGGUAGCCCAGUCUCGGAUCAAUAUAUGUGAAAACUAUAAAAACUUCAUUUCUGAGCCUGCAAGGACAGUGAGAAACUUAAAAGAACAGCAACUAAAAAGGUGUAUGGACCAGUUGACAAAGAUCCAAACUGAAUUACAAGAGACAGUGAAAGAUUUAGCUAAAGGCAAAAAGAAAUACUUUGAGACUGAACAAAUGGCUCACGCAGUACGAGAGAAAGCUGACAUCGAGGCAAAAUCUAAGCUUAGUCUUUUUCAAUCAAGAAUCAGUUUGCAGAAGGCAAGUGUAAAGUUAAAAGCCCGGCGAUCUGAAUGUAAUUCCAAAGCUACCCACGCAAGGAAUGAUUAUCUUCUUACGCUAGCAGCAGCGAAUGCACAUCAGGAUCGCUACUAUCAAACAGAUUUAGUUAACAUUAUGAAGGCUCUUGAUGGAAAUGUGUAUGAUCACCUCAAGGAUUAUCUAAUAGCCUUCAGCCGGACUGAGCUAGAAACAUGCCAAGUUGUGCAGAACACAUUCCAAUUUUUAUUAGAAAACUCCAGCAAGGUGGUACGGGACUACAAUCUUCAGCUGUUUUUGCAAGAGAAUGCUGUAUUUCACAAACCCCAGCCCUUCCAAUUCCAGCCUUGUGACAGUGAUACUAGUUUAAAAGCCGCCCAACUGGUGGAUAUUGAGCUCUCCCCUGUCAGUGCUCUGAGAAUGACCAUAGCUGAGAGCCGACAAUUAGAAUCAGAAACUGGAACCACAGAGGAGCACAGUCUAAAUAAGGAAGCUCGGAAAUGGGCUACACGUGUGGCACGUGAACACAAAAACAUCAUCCACCAACAACGGGUUCUAAAUGAUCUGGAAUGUCAUGGAGUUGCUGUGUCAGAACAAAGCCGAGCAGAGCUGGAACAGAAAAUAGAUGAAACUAGAGAAAAUAUCCGUAAAGCAGAGAUAAUUAAGUUGAAAGCUGAAGCCCGGCUGGACCUGCUAAAACAGAUUGGUGUUUCUGUGGACACGUGGCUAAAGAGUGCCAUGAACCAAGUCAUGGAAGAAUUGGAAAAUGAGCGAUGGGCCCGCCCUCCUGCAGUGACCAGUAAUGGCACUUUACACUCGCUUAAUGCAGAUACUGAAAGAGAAGAAGGAGAAGAGUUUGAAGACACCAUGGAUGUUUUUGAUGACAGCAGUUCCAGCCCUUCUGGCACCUUAAGAAAUUAUCCACUCACCUGCAAAGUUGUUUAUUCCUACAAGGCUUCUCAACCAGAUGAGUUGACCAUUGAGGAGCAUGAGGUGUUAGAAGUGAUUGAAGAUGGAGAUAUGGAAGACUGGGUAAAGGCUCGAAAUAAAGUUGGCCAAGUGGGCUAUGUGCCAGAAAAGUACCUACAGUUUCCCACCUCGAACAGCCUUCUGAGCAUGCUGCAGUCCCUGGCUGCUUUGGACAGUCGGUCACACACGUCCAGCAAUUCCACGGAAGCAGAACUCGUUUCAGGCAGUCUCAACGGAGAUGCCAGUGUCUGUUUUGUGAAAGCACUUUAUGACUAUGAAGGCCAGACAGAUGAUGAGUUGUCUUUUCCUGAGGGAGCAAUCAUCCGUAUCUUGAACAAAGAAAACCAAGAUGAUGAUGGCUUCUGGGAAGGGGAAUUCAGCGGGCGGAUUGGAGUUUUCCCAUCGGUGCUAGUGGAAGAACUUUCAGCCUCUGAAAACGGUGACACACCAUGGAUGAGAGAGAUUCAGAUCUCUCCUUCCCCCAAGCCGUAUGCCUCCCUGGCCUCCCUGCCUCCACUGCCGUUGUACGACCAGCCUCCCAGCAGUCCCUACCCCAGCCCAGAUAAGAGGAGCUCCCAGUACUUUCCCCGGUCUCCUUCAGCAAAUGAAAAUAGCCUUCAUGCCACCGAAUCGCCAGGAUUCUCACAGGCAUCAAGGCAUACUCCUGAGACCUCAUAUGGCAAACUGCGGCCUGUCCGGGCAGCUCCCCCUCCACCUACACAAAAUCAUCGAAGACCAGCAGAAAAGAUCGAGGAUGUGGAAAUCACGCUGGUGUGAUGGUGGACUUGCCCAUCCUUUACUGCUACAAUCAAGGCCAGGCUUGGAGUUUGGCCAGUCUUGUUUUUUAGGCACCUUUGCAUGAUGAUGACUCUAGAACAGAGCAAAAACAAGGAGGAUUGUAUGUGACUGGACAGCCUGGUGGACUCCUCCCACGUUUUAAAUAUUUCGUGCCUUUUUUUGUUGUCAUUUUCUAUGUCAUCUCUCCUACCAUAGCACAAUCCUAGUGGACUCUAGGAGCAGAGAGCGGGGCAGCCCUUGUGCCUGACAGUGGUCCAUUUUUAUAUGAGACUCAAGACCGGGCCUCGUUCCAAGACACAGUCACAGAAUAACAUAUCAUGUGCACUCGUACAGUAUAUUACUGUGGCCACAAGGAUGUGGCAAAGAUUCUCAUCUUUCUUCAAGUGGCUUUUGCUCUUCUGAUUGUUAAUCGGGUCAUGUUGGCUCCAUAAGGAAACAGAAGGAGGGACUGCAGGGGAGGCUGGCUCCUCCCUGAGGUUGGUCCCCAGACUGAGAACAUGAAACCUUCCUGGGAAAAGGUGGACUGCCCUGAAUUUAGCACCAGUUGCAUUAACGCACAUCGCUUCAACAACUAACAGAUUUCAGAUGAUAACAGUGUUCCUUUGUAUUAAUCUCUAUGCCAUUCAUUUAGAGUUAGUGGAGCUAAUACAGAGGGGCUGAAGUCGUAGCCAUGUCUUGUCCAUCACAGAGACUAACGGAAAGGAGACUACGGCCAAGGCAGAAAUGGGACUUCCACAUCUGAAAUGAGCCUAUGGAAUUUUCUUCUGUAUUUGGGUAUUUUUCAUCUUAAUUUUUAUAGCAUAUGCUCUUCUUACCAUAUCCUUAGAAUCUGAAUGUCUAGAUAAGUUGAGGAUGCAUUCCUGCAUUGGUGAGCUUCUCUACUGGGGAGGGCCCUAGUAUUAUUUUAUUCCUACGCCAGUGCACCACUCAGACAGCAAGUUAUGGCUGGUACAGACCAGCUUCCACCUGGGAGAAUGCAGCUUCCAGGCCCCACUACCCUGACAUUGUCUUGGGAGGAAAAACCUGUAGGCCAUGGAGGAAACCAGUUUCCUGUGAGAAAAGAAUAAAGGAGUGUACAUCCUGCGCAAGAGCAGAUUGGCAAGGAAAAGGCAAGUGUCUGUGUGUCACAGGGAGAGCCAGGCAUGGUGUUCUCUGCAGGCCAGCGAGCUCGUCGCAGCAGGUGCUGAGUCAGGCUCUGGCUCUCCCUGGAGAAUAGAGGGAGUGCAAUACCUGGGGACUAAGGGAUGCUCACCAGUUGCGUCUUUUAUUAAGAAAUCAAAUUUACAGAACAUAAUCCAAAAGUGGUUUCAUGCUUUGAAAAUUCCAUCUCUCAGAGCCUAAGAAUCUUAAAAACUUGAAAUGCUCGCCAAAUGUCCCCAUUAGGUUUUUGACCAGAAGAUCAUAGUAGAAGAAAUUUUCAGUUAGUCAUUUGAUCAUUUCAGUGACAAUACCCACUGAUGAAUCUUCUCUGUGUUUUUGUUGUUGUUGUUUUGGUUUUUUUUGCAUUUCUUAACCUGUUGAUCUAUUUGAGGUCUUUUGUGUUUAUCAAACUUAUUCUUAAGUUUAAAAAAGAAGAUUAAAGGGUGGUUUUUUAAGAUUUUAAAGUUUACUGACAUAUUAAAAAUCUUCAAAGUGCUUAUUAAAUAGAGCAGUUCUUGCCACCCAAUCUUGUAUUCUCUCUUUAGCUAGCCAAAUUAUCCUUGAAUUUGGGUUUUCCACAACCUCAGAGGGUAAAUCUUUUGUUAUAUUUUAAAAUAUUUUUUGGAAGAGCUGCUAAUUUUAUUUUAAAAAACAACGUUGUAAAAAUAUCCCUCCUUUUAAAAAAAUAACCCCUCCCUCCAGGACAUGUAACCCCGUGUCACAAUGCACAGGCCAGGGCUCAGAGGGAGCCUUUGUGCAGAUGUGCUUUCUUUACAGUGGCUGUAAAAAGUUUGUAUUUAUUAUGUAUAAAAUGUUGAAUAAUAAAAAAAUGGAAUUAAGUU